UCUUCUCCAUCGCUAUCAUUGGGGCAAUUCUCAGUCUUUUGAAUGCAGGGACAUGGAGCUUCUCUGGGUCCCCUGUACCUCCUCCAGCCACCGGUGCCUCUUCUCUGUCUCCUCAAUGAGGAGGCCCCACAGCUGCUACAGGUCGGUGAGCCUCUGUGGGAUGGUCUCGGCAUUCAGGCUGCUGCUGUGGGUGACGAUGCUCUGGCUCCUCUCGAAGAUGCCGUCGAUGUGAAGAUGUUGAUGUGAGGCUGGUGCUGUCGGAUUUCCUUCUGGAGACUCGGUUUGCAUUUGUUGCCUUUCACGAUCUGCAGUGUCUGGGAGGAGACUGUUUUGCUGUCUGGUCAAUGUGGUUUCCAUUACCCUUUGGACAAGACCCCUCAUACAUGUGUUCACAUAAAAACGUUCCAACCUGUAAAGAAUGUUGAGUUGAAGAAUGGAUUUGUUGGUGUUGAACAAAUUUAUGGUUCUUCUGUGGAAGAAUUUUACUUUAAAGCGCCGGCAGUGCACUGCUCUGGCUGCGGAGCUCAUCCUGACUGUCCUGUUUGUUGGCGUGCUUCUGUUAACACGCAGGUUUUCGUAUAGAGAGAAGACGGGGCCCUUCAAUUACCCUCCACAGCCUGUUGAUGAGUUGCCUGUAUUCCUCAGAGAAGUCCCUGCGUCUGGUGUGUGGGAAUUGGCUUUUGUGCCUUCCAAAAGUGUUGUGGUGAAGGAUAUCGUUGAAACUGUGAAAAGAGAUUUACACUACAAUUUUAAAGUUCAAGGCUUUCCUUCAGAAAGAGAUUUUGAAGAUUAUGUUAAGCAAGGGAAUAACUCUGAAAGAGUGAUGGUUGCUUUUGUUUUUGACCAUGAGUUCAAAAAUAGCCAUGAUCCUCUGCCACUUAAGGUAAAAUAUUAUUUGCGUUUUAGUAGUUCUCAGAGGAACGAGUAUGUGGGGUUUUUCCGACCUGGAAGCUGGGAAACAGAUACUCUCUUUCCAAAGUCUCCUUCGAUAGGACCCAGAAGUGGACCCGAGGCAAACGGGGGGAGUCCUGGGUACAUCUCUGAAGGGUUCCUGCUUAUGCAGCAUGCCUUGGAUAAGGCCAUCAUGAAAUAUCAUAACCACAAGACCGCACAACAGUUGUUCACAAAUGUUCAUGUAUUUGUUCAGAGAUUUCCAUACCCAAGAUAUGAUAAUGAUUUCUUCUAUAUCCUAUUUAGUGAUUUCGCCCCUUUAGUAAUCUUAUUUGUCUUCAUUGUGAAUUAUCUUACCAUCAUUCAGUCUGUUGUGUGGGAAAAGGAAAACCGAUUGAAGGAGUACCAGCUCAUGAUCGGACUCAGCAAUUGGAUGCUCUGGGCUGCCUACUUCUUCACGUUUCUCACGUUGUAUUUGGUUAUCAUCUUUUUGACGUGCCUACUUUUCUUUGUCAAGAUGAAACCUUUGCCGAUCAUCCAGUACAGUGACCCGUCUCUUGUUUUUGUCUUUUUGCUGUGUUUUGCCAUUGCCACAAUAUUCUUCAGCUUUAUGGUCAGCACAUUUUUCAGUAAAGCACACUUUGCUAUAGCUAUUGGAGGCUUCAUUUAUUUAAUCAGCUACUUUCCAGCUCCCAGGAUCUCUUCAAGUUACGCACAGAUGACACUCAUCGAGAAGCUGGCUUUUUCCCUCAGCUCAAAUGUCGUAAUGGCACUGGGAACCAAAUACCUUGUCAGGGCAGAAAUAAACAAAAUUGGAAUUAAAUGGAGUAACAUCUUCUCACCAAACACGGUGGAGAACUUUGUCUUUGCCUAUAUACUGGGAACAUUUUUACUUGAUGCUGUCUUGUACGGCCUUGUGGCUUGGUACAUAGAAGCCGUCUUUCCCGGAGAGUAUGGUGUGCCCAAGCCAUGGAACUUCUUUUUGCUGCCCUCUUACUGGUUUGGGGAAAAACCAAAGAAAACAAAUGAAUCAAGGCAAUUUUACAAGACAAUUGAAACCAAGUAUUUUGAGGCUGAACCUACUGAUUUGGUGGCGGGUAUCCAGCUCCAACAUUUGUGCAAGGAAUUCCGAGUGCACAACACUACCAAACUAGCUGUAAAAGACUUGUCUUUGAAUGUAUAUGAGGGACAGAUCACUGUUCUUCUAGGACAUAAUGGGGCAGGAAAAUCUACUACUCUAUCUAUUCUCUCAGGUCUCUAUCCUGCUACCAGUGGAGAGGCCUAUGUUAAUGGAUUUGCCAUCUCAAAGCAGAUGGUCCAGAUCAGGAAAAGCUUGGGCCUGUGUCCCCAGCAGGACUUGUUGUUUAAUUACUUGACAGUAUCAGAACACCUUUAUUUCUAUUGCAUGAUUAAAGGAGUCCCUCGAAAGAUGUACCCUAUAGAAAUUGACCGUAUGCUGUCUGCUUUUAACCUGAUUGAAAAGCGAAAUGCAUUUUCAGCAUCACUGAGUGGAGGAAUGAAGCGCAAACUCUCCGUCAUUAUAGCACUUAUAGGGGACUCCAAGGUGGUGAUACUUGAUGAGCCCACAGCUGGCAUGGACCCUGCCUCGCGAAGGGCCACCAGGGACCUCCUUCAGCAGUAUAAACAGGGCCGCACCAUCUUACUGACCACCCACUACAUGGAGGAAGCUGACAUCCUGGGUGACCGCAUUGCCAUCAUGGUGAAGGGAUCCUUACGAUGCUGUGGCUCUUCACUUUUCCUCAAAAACAUAUAUGGUGUGGGAUACCAUAUAGUCAUAGUGAAGGCACCUCACUAUUCUUACUCUAGGUUUGAAGCUCUGUUUGCUGAUCUGGAAAGGAGACAUACAGAGCUGGGCAUUGAUAGCUUUGGUGUCACUAUCACUACCAUGGAAGAAGUCUUCUUUAGGGUCGGUAAUACAGAAGAGACACAAACAGACAUUGUAUCUACCCAACCUCAGCCUCUCUCUCAGAUGAGUGAAGUGUCAGUCAAGAACCAGAAUAGGAAUAUGUCAAGAAAUGAGGGAGCAGAUUUGUCUACUGUGAAUGAAAGACCUGCUGUUAUGUUUAAUACUGGGUGUUCCCUCUACCACCAGCAGUUCUGUGCCAUGUUCAUAAAGAGGGCAAUAUUCAAUUGGCGCAACUGGAAACUCAUUUUGCUGCAGAUACUGGCACUUCUAGGAUCACUUAUCCUUCUCUCAGAGACUGUUAUGUUUACACAUAGUAAUGAUGAUAAGGCCAGGCUAAUGAGUUUGAGUCAAUAUGGUCAAACCAUUGUGCCUUUAUCAAUUUCUGGGAAUUCUAAUUUGACUCUGAUUUUCUUAAAAAAUCUUAAAAGUAUGCUAGAGCCUGACAACCACACACUUAAGGAAGUGCAAGGUGACCUACUAAAAUAUUUGAUGGAAAAUGAAGAUUGUAUUCACUUAUGCAUUGUUGCAUUUUCCAUUGAGGUGAAGAAAGAUAAAAUAACAUUUACUGGUCUGUUCAACAAUCAAGCAUAUCAUUCACCAGCCCUGUCCCUGGCAAUGCUGGACAAUAUUCUUUUCAUGUCAACUUCUGGCCCCGAUGCUUCCAUAACAGUCUUCAAUAAACCUCAGCCAACCUCUACUUAUAAGAAAUACAGUUCAAUGUUGCCAGAAGGAGACCAGGUGGCCAUAAAUAUACAUUUUGGGAUGGCUCUUUUGGUCAGUGGCUUUUGUCUCCUGACAGUGACUGAGAGAAUCACUAAGGCAAAGCUCAUCCAGUUUCUGAGUGGGGUCUAUGUCCUUGCGUACUGGCUUUCUGCUCUACUGUGGGAUCUCACCAUCUUCUUCAUUGCCUGCUGUCUACUGCUGGGCGUGUUCAAGUUCUGCCAACUGGACGAGUUUCUCACAGACUACCACUUCCUGGACACAAUGCUGAUCGUCAUGCUGUUCGGCUGGAGUGCCAUCCCCCUCAUAUAUCUGCUGAGCUUCCUGUUUUCCCAAAGUACUUCUGCCUACAUCAAACUUGUGGUGUUCAGCUACCUUUCAGGCAUUUGCAGUCUCAUCAUAGAUGCCACAUUUCAGUUUGAAAUUGAAAGUAUCGUAUCAAAUUCCACCAGAACCUUCAUACUGAGAUUGUUACUGCUCCUUCCCAAUUACAACCUGGGGAAGUGCUUCAUGAACUAUUUUACUUUCUACAAAAAUAAAAAAAUGUGCAUGGAAAACCCUUAUGCCUCCUUAGACUGUGAUGAAAAAAAUGCUGCAAAGACUGUUUAUUCUUUGGAAAAGAAAGGGAUUGGACUAUAUAUGGUUAUGAUGAGUACCAUAGGCUUUAUUUGCCUUCUCUUGGUUUUUUUUUGCGACACAACUUUGUGGAAACUAAGAGCAUUUCUCAAUCGAUACAUUUACUUUGGUAUCUAUAAGAUAUACCAGAAGGGGAAAGUGUCUGAGGAGUUAUCUGGGGAAUGUGAAGAUGAAGACGUAGAAAAUGAAAGAAAGAGGAUCCUGGAGCAGCCGCAGGAGCUGCUGAAUUCUUCAGUACUUAUUAAGGAGCUCAUAAAGAUCUAUUUUAAGUGUCCAGUCAUUCUGGCUGUGAAAAAUAUCUCCAUUACAAUCCAAAAGGGGGAGUGCUUUGGAUUGCUUGGACUCAACGGAGCUGGAAAAACUACUACCUUCCAAAUUUUGACUGGAGAAGAGACUGCUACCUCUGGGCAUGUGUUCGUUGAAGGCUUUAGCAUCACUGACAAUAUCCAAAAGGUGAAGUCAAGAGUUGGCUAUUGUCCUCAGUCUGAUGCCUUGCUGGAAUAUAUGACUGGUCGGGAAAUAAUGAUCAUGUAUGCCAGAUUAUGGGGAGUCUCGGAGUCCCAGAUUCAGCUGUAUGUGAGCAAAUGGUUGACUUCACUGCAACUGGAGUCCCAUGCUGACAGGAUUAUCAGAACCUAUAGUGGAGGAAACAAACGUAGGCUGAGUACUGCUAUUGCCCUGAUGGGAAAACCCACAAUUAUUUUACUGGACGAGCCAUCAACUGGCAUGGACCCAGUAGCCCGACGUCUGCUCUGGGAUGCUGUGAUGCAAGCACGUGAAAGUGGAAAAACCAUUAUUAUAACCUCCCACAGGAUGGAGGAAUGUGAUGCCUUCUGUACCAGGCUGGCCAUCAUGGUGAAGGGAAAGUUUGUGUGUCUGGGCAGCCCUCAGCACCUCAAGAACAAGUUUGGCGAUGUUUACAUCCUAAAGGUCAAGGUCAAGACUGAUACACACAAGCAUACAUUAAAUGAUUUUAAAGAUUUCAUCACAAUGACAUUCCCAGGUAGUGAAUUAAAGCAGGAGAACCAAGGGAUCCUUAACUACUACAUUCCCAGAAAGGACAAUAGCUGGUCCAAGGUGUUUGGCGUUUUGGAGGAAGCGAAAGAGCAAUUCAAUUUAGAAGAUUAUUCUGUCAGUCAGAUAACGCUGGAACAAGUCUUCCUGACCUUUGCCAACCUAGAGAACAAUGGACUUGACGGCAACAAGGAGGUGCCCUGA